GCUUAGCUUUGCAGUGCUGGUAUUUCUCUAAUGACCAUCAUUCCAUCAACAGUGUUAGGAGGCUAAUAUUGUAGAAAUUAUGCUAAAUAUACCCAGUCCUCUUUCUCUUUUUAUAACAAAGUGGCGUUUCUCUCCUUUUCUCACUCCCCCCUUCCUUUUAGGUAUGAGAGCAUUAAGCUCUGAUGUACAUUAACGGCAUGCCAUUACUCUGUCACAUGCUGGCUGUAGCUUUUGUUCAGAUCCUCAUAGUUUCAGGCAACUGGGUUUUAGCCAAGAACAUCAACUUCUAUAAUGUGAGACUUCCAGUAGACCCUACUCCAUUUCCAAGCAGCUUCAAGUGCUUUACUUGUGACAAAGUUAUUGACAAUUACAACUGUAACAGAUGGGCUGAAGAUAAAUGGUGUCCUCAGAACACUCAGUACUGUUUAACAGUCCAUCACUUUACCAGUCAUGGAAGAAGCCUCUCUGUCACCAAAAAAUGUGCUACCAGGGAAGAAUGCCAUUUUGUUGGCUGCCAUCGCUACAGAGAAACUAGUCAUACAGAAUGCAUUUCCUGCUGUGAAGGGAUGAUCUGCAAUGUAGAUAUACCAACAAAUCACACAAAUGCUGUUUUUGCAGUACUGCAUGCUCGGAGGACAUCAGGAUGUAGCAGACAAACUAUUAGUAUCCUCUUGCUGGUCAUAGUCACCAUGGUUUUCGUGUCAUGACGUGACUCUUCUCAGUCAGAAGGAAUUUGUUGUCUGGAACUCCAUGAAGACAGUCUCUGAUGGAGAUGAAGAAGGAGUUCUAAGAGGUCCGUUGUAUGGAUAAAAGCACUGCUGUGUAUUUGAAGACUGCUGCUCAUAUGGUAGUGAAGACACUCGCAGAUACUGGUGCCAAGGAAAUUGAGCAGGUUGGCCAAAUAUUAUGUCAACUUGACUAGUUAUCAGAAAUAUCAGAAUUCCUUGUGUGGAACCAAGAACAGUUUGUGCUUUGACGCAUUAUUGUAGCAAGUUAUUACCAUACAAUUUUGAAGUAUUAAAAUUGU